UUUUUUAAAGACAUGUUAUACAAUCAUUUCACACCUUGACAUGCGAUAUAUAAUAACAAUAUAAUGAGGUCAGGUUUGUCUUAACAAGCUUUACAACUAUAUGACCUUUGACCCAUAUAGAACAUCAGUGAUAACGUUAUACCACGCGUGAUAACAACAUUGAGGGUUGAGGCCAUUCUCCUAUAGGAACAAGGUUUGCAUUUAUGCAAUGAUUGAUACACGUUGCUAUCUGGACGUGUAGAUUGUAAAAGGUUACAAAUUGUUUCAACUGAAUAGAGUUCCCUCGCACUUGCUGACCCAAAGUCUGUCUUGCAUGUGGCCCUUGAAACACGAUGAAGUUCGAUGAUGUUCUCCGCCAUGUUGGCGAGUUCGGGUCGUACCAGAAACGGAUCUAUUUUCUUCUAUGUCUUCCUGCAAUUACGCAUGGUGCCCGGAUGAUGGUUAGCGCUUUCCUGCAGUACGUUCAGAAACACAGGUGCGCGCUACCAGGCUAUGACAACGACACGUACGCUAUUCAGUCGGAGUACCACAACGACCUCAUCAACUCCACCAUCCCCUACAGCUUCCAAGAUGGUAACGUGAUAUAUGACAAGUGCCAUGUGUUCACGAACGCUUCAGGUACGAUGACCAGAGUCCGGUGCAACCGUUGGGUGUAUGACAAGAGUUUGUUCCACCAAACUGCAGUGUCAGAGUACAACAUGGUGUGUGAAGACGCGCUUCUAACGUCCCACUCACAGAUGUUGUUCAUGGCUGGCUUUCUGGUGGGAGUCUUCAUCCUUGGGGCGUUUGCUGACAGGUAUGGACGGAAGCUUGCCAUCUACGUCUCAAUGGUCAUCAACCUGGUGUCUGGGAUAGCCAUGGCCUUUGCCCCCAACUUCUACGUGUACGUUGUGCUGAGGUUCCUGCUGGGGGCCUCCACCUCUGGCUACUUCACGGCGGCCUAUGUGCUCGGUCUGGAGAUCGUUGGACCAUCCAAACGCAUCUGGGCAGGAAUGGUCAUCAAAUACUUCUUCGCUAUUGGCCUUCUCCUGAUUGACGGACUGGGUUUCGUGAUAAGAGACUGGCACCACAUGGAGCUUACUGUCACGUGCAUCGUCGCUGUCUUCCUUCCUUAUUGGUGGAUAAUCCCCGAAUCUCCAAGAUGGCUCAUCACACAGGGCAGAAUACCGGAAGCGGAAGCGAUCAUCCGAAAGGCAGCUGAGGUCAACAAGGUGAUUCUCCCUGACAAGCUUUGUGCAGAAUCGGAAGAGACUUCUGAUGAAAAGGCAGGAAACAUCACUUCUUUCCUGCAGCUGUUCACGUCUUCAGUGAUGUUGUUUAGAACUCUCAUCAUAUUCUUUAACUGGCUAGUGACCAGCAUGGCGUACUAUGGACUGUCCCUCAACACACAAGACCUUGGUUCGGACAACUUCUUUCUGACCUUCUUCCUGGCCAGCUUGAUGGACUUCCCCGGGGUGACCUUGUGUUUGUUUCUGCUGGACCGCGUGGGCAGGAAGGUCAUGAUGUGUGGGUCCAUGCUGAUCGGCGGGGUCGCCUGCCUCCUCACCAUCUUUUCCAUACUCUACCUUGGGGAAUCGUACCAAUGGAUCACAAUCACGCUGGCGAUGAUCGGAAAGAUGGGUACUGCAAUGUGCUUCGCCGUUGUCUACGUCUUCUCUUCGGAACUCUUCCCCACCGUUGUGCGCAACGUCGCCGUCGGCGCCAGCUCUUCCUGGGCAAGAGUCGGUGGGAUGAUUGCACCCUAUGUUGCAGAUGCGGGCAAAUUAGUGGGAGGAGAUUUCGGGAGAGCUCUGCCGUUGUUGGUGUUUGGGGCGGCGUCGGUGGUGGCGGGACUUCUGGCGCUGCUCCUGCCGGAGACCUUGAACAGAGAUCUCCCCGAGACCAUCGAAGAUGGCAUCGCCUUCGGCAGGAAACCACCUAACCCCACACCGUCAGUGGUAAUGACGGCCUAUCACCAGGACAACCACCCAGAGGAGGGCGCCAGGAAAGAUAAGACGGAUGAAAAAUACCCGGGGGAUGCAGACAAGCAACAUCAGCACGUGGCUUGAAGUAAACACGAGAUAAACGAUCCGAUUCUCGCGCCCAUGUACUCAGGAAUGACUGUGUGAGCUUUUUAUAAUAUCACGCCAGUACGGUAUACGUUAUCUUGGUAUACUCGUAUACUGGCAUGGUAUAUGUAUGGUGGUAUACUAGUACUAGCAUGCACAUGAAAUCGUGGUAUUUGCUGUCACUGCAAUUCCAUUAUUGUAUAUACUUACACGGUUUUUGUCAUUUAAGGACCAAGAUAUCAUGCAGUAAUGGACACGCUAUCGUGGUAUAUCAUGGUACAUCCUAGCAUUUAUAUCUUGUCACAGCUAACAUGGUACAUCAUGUUAUGGUAUAUGCCAUUAGGGUAUAUACUACGAUGUAUAUGCUGUCAUGGUAUAUGUUAUCAGAUAUAUAAUACCAUGGGUGAUAUGCUGCCAUGGUAUAUGUUAUCACUGUUUAUUCUACCAUAGUAUGUAUAUGCUGUCAUGGUAUAUGUUAUCAGGGUAUAUUCUACCACAGUAUGUAUAUGUUGUCAUGGUAUACACUAUCAGGGUAAAUGCUGUGAUGGUAUAUGCUAUCAUGGUUCAUGCUACCACAGUAUGUAUAAGCUGCCAUGGUAUACACUAUCAGGGUAAAUGCUGUGAUGGUAUAUGCUGUCACGGUAUACACUACCAGGGUAAAUGCUGUGAUGGUAUAUGCUAUUAUGGUAUAUGGCACCACAGUAUGUAUAUGUUGUCAUGGUAUACACUAUCGGGAUAAAUGCUGUGAUGGUAUAUGCUAUCAUGAUAUAUGCUACCACAGUGUGUAUAUGUUGUCAUGGUAUAUACUAUCAGGGUAAAUGCUGUGAUGGUAUAUGCUGUCAUGGUAUACACUAUCAGGGUAAAUGCUGUGAUGGUAUAUGCUAUCAUGGUAUAUGCUACCACAGUGUGUAUAUGCUGCCAUGGUAUACACUAUCAGGGUAAAUGCUGUGAUGGUAUAUAAUAUCAUGAUAUAUGCUACCAUAGUAUGUAUAUGCUGCCGUGGUAUAUGCUAUCAGGGUAAAUGCUAUCACGAUGUAUUCUACCACAGUAUGUAUAUGCUGUCAUGGUAUACACUAUCAGGUUAAAUGCUGUGAUGGUAUAUGCUAUCAUUGUAUAUGACAUCAAAGUAUGUCUAUGCUCUCAGGGUAAAUGCUAUCACGAUGUAUUCUACCACAGUAUGUAUAUGCUGUCAUGGUAUACACUAUCAGGUUAAAUAUAAAUAAUAUUAUACUAUCAUGGUAUAUGACACCACAGUAUGUAUAUGCUGUCAUGGUAUACACUAUCAGGGUAAAUGCUGUCAUGGUAAACAAUAUCAUGGUAUAUGCUACCACAGUGUGUUUAUGCUGCUAUGGUAUAUGUUAUCAGGGUAAAUGCUGUAAUGGUAUAUGCUACCACAGUAUGUAUAUGCUGUCGUGGUAUACACUAUCAGGGUAAAUGCUGUGAUGGUAUAUGCUACCACAGUAUGUAUAUGCUGUCGUGGUAUACACUAUCAGGGUAAAUGCUAUCAUGGUAUAUGCUAUCACAGUAUGUAUAUGCUGUCAUGGUAUAUGCUAUCACACACAUACUAUACAUGAAAACAUACUUCGCUUAAAGAAGGUUCUCCAAGACGCUAUAUGCAACUUUUUCAUAUUGGUGUUGCCUAGAUUUCUACUGCAGGGGAUGAACCUUACUUUUCUGACUAAUAUGAUGUUUUUUUAUAAUAGGAAUUAGUCUGUGGGAAUACAGAUGCUUAAACCUAUCGGGGCCAUGUACAAAGCAGUUAAUUAAAUGUGACAACGCAGGAAUUCACAUAACGAACCUACCAAUAGGACAGGUCAUUCGCGCUGAAUAUCUGAUAUUUGUUUUUUGUCUUAUAUCUGGUCUGUUCUGCUGGGUGACUGUAGUGCUGAGAUCAGUCUUUAUAGAAGGCAGGUUUCAGUUGGGUAGAUCUUUGUACAAAUCGUGGUACGGCAUAAAUUAUGAGAUCAAUGUAUUUACUAGCAACUACCAUCGACCAUUCACAUAAAUAUAAUGACAUUUCAAGUAUGAAAUUAUUUUGUUGAAUGUUUUACUCGGAAAUAAAGAUUUUACUCUCU